CUGUUGGUCUCUCUACUAGGUAUGCUGUGAGCGUGGCUGUGACGAAACAGUGUUUCCCCUGUCUGUCUCUAUGUUGGACCGCUUCCUGUCUGCCUCCCUGUCUCUCCCUGUCUCACCCUACUGCCUGGCUGCAGCCUGCAUCCUCAUCGCCUCCAAACUAACAGAGUGUGACACAAUCUCUGCUGACUCUCUUUGUGCUGCAGCUGAGUACAGCUUCCUGCCCUCCAACAUACGGGAGAUGGAACGUGUCAUCCUUGCGACUCUUCGAUGGGACGUUGCUGCGGUAACCCCUCAGGACUUCAUUCCACAUUUCCUUCCCCCUGUAGGGGAGAGGAAGGAUGGAAAGACAGACACAGAGGAGUUCUUCUCCACACUGCGUCGGCAUAGUGACACCCUGGUUGCCAUGUGUGUCUGCGACUACCGUUUCCUGGGAGCCCCUCCAUCUCUGGUUGCUGCGGCAGCGCUUAACUCUGCCCUCCGGGGGUUGGGCAACAAGGGUCCAGGUCAUCUGGGUCAUAUGAGUGCUACACUGGCAGAACUGUGUCAGACUGACCUGAUGGUGUUGCAGUGUUACAGUGAAUUGAUAGAAGCUGCCCUCAAACAACGGCUCAGAGGUGGACUACAAGACAGUGCCAUGGAGAAGGAUGGGGAAAUAGAGGAUGAAAGAGCAGGCACUCCUACUGAUAUGAGAGAGAUUGAUUUCUAAACACUAAAUUGUGUGAGGCAAGUGCGAAUCAAUCAAAGUCCUGCAUGUAGCUCAUCAGUGAAACUGAUAUCAACUCUUUAUGACCUCAAAUGCUCUACAAUUUAUUAUCAUAUUUUGAAAUUACUUUAAUUGAAUAUUGUUUAUUUAUUCAUUGUGUUUCUUGUGCCAUAUUUAUUAUCUAUUUCAUGACUGUGAUUCUUUGUCAUUAUGUUGUUGAUAGUAUGUCCUUAAUCUAUUAUUUAUCAAUUUAUUUAUUAUGUGCAAUUACAUAAUGUUAAUUUAUUUCAAUUCACCAUUGUUUGUGUUUGUAUGUGAAGYGACAAGGUAAUUGAUUAAAUAAUAUACAUAGCUAUCUAUUUUAAUUAAAUAAAUACAUACCUUUUA